GAUAACUACAAAGUCUUACUUGCAGUAAGAAACGAUAAUGUAGUUGUAGAUAUAUGGUGGAAUUGAGGAGUAUAGUGUUAUAUUACAUAUAACUAUUAUAUAAAAAUUAUUGGUGUUAACAUAUCCGUAUUAAAAAUGGAAACGGUAUAUGAUCGUGUUCUUUUAGAAAUAGGGCAAAAUGGCUAUUUUCAAAAAAAGUUUGAUAUAUUCUAUAAUUUUUUGUUCGCAACAUUAUGGGGUAUGGCAUACACAAAUAUAUUUCUUGCACUUGUAAUAAUUCCACAUCGAUGCCAAAUUCCUGAAAAUUUUGAGAAUAUUAGUGACACUGAAUGGAAGUCUAAAUAUAUACCAAUAUCUAACAAUAUUUCUGGGAAACUUGUAUUUAGUAGCUGUUUAAUGUAUGAAAAUCCGGUUGAAAAUAAUCAUACAAAAGAUUGUGAUAAUUAUUAUUAUGACCAAACUUGGUACGAGUCAACUGUUGCUUCAUCAAACAAUUGGGUUUGCAAAGAAGAAUUGAAAAUAGCUAACACAUUGGCUAUUAGUAAAAUUGGGGAAGCAAUAGGAUCAUUAGGAUUUGGCUGGUUUGGAGACACAUAUGGUCGCCGAUGGACAUAUAUUCUGUCGCUGGUAUUUCUUGUUAUUGGGCGAAUAAUAUCUAUUGCGUUUAGUUAUUCGUUUACAUUUUUUGUAAUCGGAUGCAUUUUGGCAUGGAUUCCAUCAUGGUCAGUAGUGCAAACCGUUACCGUUAUAUCAAUGGAGAUAUCUUCGCCCGAGUGUCGAUCAAGGACUGCUACAUUACGAUCCCUGGCUAAUAGUUCUAGCAUGUUUAUAAUGCCUUUUUUAUAUUGGUGGCUACGCGAUUGGAAAAUAUUCAUGAUAGUGACAACAGCGACACAGUUGCCUUUUCUGUUCUAUUCAUGGAAAAUGAUAGAGUCCCCUAGAUGGCUUUGGAUACAAGGAAAAUCUAAAGCUUGUGUGAGAACAUUAAAAAUUAUAGCAAAAGAAAAUAAAACAAGAUUAGGGUCAGACACGGAAAAAGACAUUUUGAAUAGUGCGCCAUUUACAGACACCGGUGGUGCAAAUACCAUAAUAGGCCCUUUAGCAUUAUUUUCUGGACGGAGAUUAGCAAUAAAUACAAUCUUACAGUCAUAUUUAUGGAUAUCUGUAGCAAUAAACUAUACAGUGUUAAUGAUGAAGUCUGGCGAAAAAUUGGAUGGCAAUCCAUUUCUAGAAUUUGCUUGGCAAUCAGCAGUAGAAGUUCCAGGUACACUUUUCGGAGCUUGGCUUGCUGACCGAGUUGGUCGUCGCUAUGCUGGAGUGAUUCCGUACUCACUUACUGUGUUAUCAUGGGUUACUAUCGCUUUUUAUGAAAAUAGUACGAGUAAAUGGUAUCUAUCAUGGUUGGUCGGUACCUCAAUGACUAUAUUUACUAGACUGUCUAUAGUCGCUUCAUAUUACGUAAUUUAUUUAUUCAAUAUGGAACUUUAUCCCACUUGUCUCCGUCAAUCUGGAAUGUCACUGGGCAAUUUACUGUCGAGUGGUGGUGGAGCAAUUGCACCUUAUUUAUUAUACCUGGGACAUAAAGUGGAUUUAAAAUUACCGUAUUUGAUAUUAUCUGGAAUUUCCUUUUUGGGUUGUAUAUCAUUCUUUUUGCUUCCGGAAACUUUAAAUACUAGUCUACCAGAAACACUAAAGGAUGCUCAGGAAUUUGGAAAAGAUCAAAGGAAAUAUUUUUCAUUUGCUGUAAAACAUUCUAAGCCAGAAAAUAGUAUUUAAUUAAAAAAUACAUAUACGUGAAAUGUAUGGGAAUAUCAAAUAGUUUUAAUACACCUGUCAUUAUUAUCAGGCAACCGAGAAGAGUGAAAAAGGAUUUAACCACCGGGUACAGUAUUGAUUGUCAAUAUAGAGUUAAUUAAUGUAAAAACAAUAAAGUAUUAUGUCAAAGAGUAA